AUGCUGAUAUACCACCGCUACGCCAGUGGCGAUGUCGAGCGGGCGUCCCAGGCGCCACCAGCUUCGGAGCUGUCAUCAGCUCCCACCACGAAGAAGAGCGACCUUUUGGGACCAAUGAGAGGCGGUCUCGGCGCCAGAGUACCCCAUAACGACUCUGGGCGCUGGCCGCAAGUGAUCGAGCACGCCCACUAUUUUAUCGGCGUUGAUCCCUCGGUGUUUGGGCCCGUGGUGAUCAUGGUGUUCAAAAACGUCGCCCUGGGCCAUCUCUGUACCCGGCUGGUGCUGAAGUAUGGCGUUACUUGCUACAACGACCUCAUGCUUGAUAAACGGUCCCGUUUUGCUGUGGCCAGCGACAAUUUGAUCCCUGAGUACCGCCACCUGAAACUCCGGCAAGCAUUAGCGGUGACGUUGCUCAAAAACUUCUCGCUUUUGGCCAAUAAUUGUACCGGUUUAACGGUGAACAUGGCGUUCGACGAGACCAAUGCCGGCGAGGUGGCGCUGUCGAUGCAGAAGUUGCGCACUGGCUCUUCCCUGAGACUGCCGCAAGUGGUGGGUCAGCUGCUUUUGCGGUUAGGGUUGGCAGUAUCCCACAGGGUGCCGGCCUACGUGGUCGACACCGUGUACCCACCAACGCUGGACGCCCUUCUCGAGCACUUGGGCUCCGCCGUCGACUUGUUUGACCCGUUACUCGAAUACUCCCCACAGACGAUUACCGUUACAUACACCCCUCCCACUACCGCUACUGACUCCCUCCUAGUGACGGACGAGCUCAACCACACCCUCCACGAGCUUCUCCAGGUGCAAACCAACUACACCAUGAACCUCGUCAACUUGCUCCAGGACUUCAUUGUCCCGCUUCGACUAUUCUUCGUAAACAACGACCUGGAGGCGAAAGUCGCGCGCAUCAACCGCAUUUUCCCUCCCACCGUCGACGAAAUCACCCGGGUCAAUUGUAUCCUCCACGAUGCUCUCGUUAAGGCUGAACCCCAUGGAGCUGCCGAAGUGCUCAAAGCUAUGGCGUUGAUUAUCCCCUACUUCUACAAGCCGUUCAUCCGUCACCAGGCCAACCUCAAACACUUCCACCGCCGAUUCGACCACUUUUACCGCCACCACCACCCAGAAAUCUUUACUAACCCUGAUAUCAAUCGUGGUGGGUUUUCCGUAGCGGAAAUCGACCUGGUGAUCCUGGGUGCCGUCGGGGAGCUCCCUAAGCUCAAGAUGUUGCUUGACCGCCUUGUCCCCAUGGUGCUCGAUGCCUGUGGCGACGACGAGCGCCUACGCCGCCAGUGUGUCGGCUACCACCGCGCCUGUGUCGAUAUUAUCGACGCCUUUGGCGACGACGGCCCGGCGCCGGCGCUGGCGCCGUCGUCACGCGUGUUCACCCCUUCUGGCCAAAUGCUCGCCGAUCUCGCCUCCAACUGGCCGCUGGCACUUGACCACGGCUGGCUCCAUCGCAAAGUGGUGGGGAUCUUUGAGUUACGCCGGGUCUCCGACGGAGCCAUCGACGUACUUGUGGUGUUCUCCGACUGCUUGAUGUGGCUCACUGUUAGCGAUCCGUUAUACGCCACGGGAGAGCUGCCGGUGUACGUGCUGGACACGUUGAUGCACUCAUUGGUGAACGAGAAGCCGUUGCCGACACUGGGGGUAAUCCCCGCUAUGACCGUCAGGUGUUGGGGCCGUGCCGCCGAUUGUAUGGUGCUGCUGUUUGAUGACCAAUCAGGGGCAACGCUCAUUCGCUUUUUGAGUACUACCGAGUCCGGGUUCCGAGUCCACCCCGGCGCAAAGCCCAUCUUCGGUGAAGUGUACGCCGUGCUCCCAGUAUCGGGAGGUAAACGGCCAGCGCUGCCCGAUACCAUCAUUGAGGUGGUGGCGAAGCUGAUGGUGGUGGAUAAAGCCCACCCGUUGCGGUUAAGCCGCAGUUUGCUGAGCGAUACUAGCGGUGCUCGUGCCUAUUUCGCUAGUCAGACUGCCGACAUUUACGGCGAGGAGCUGCUGAAGCUGCCAUUCGCACUUUAUCUUGAGGUGCUUGACCCGCUGGAGAUUGCCGCUGCCUUCGAAGCUAACCAUCACCUUCGGCUAGUGAUGACGGCGCACAUCUGUGAGGAUGAUCGUGACUGUCUCGUGGUGCUGGCCCAACUGCGACUGGGGAACGUAGUGGUGGACCAACGGCUUAUAUCCAGUCAUGACUUACCCAAAUUCGUGCGUAAGAUGGUCAACGACACCCACAAACUGGCCUUCGACACCGCUAACGGAGCCAGUCGAGCCUUGAUCAAUCUCAGCAGCCACCAGCUCACACAAUGGUGCCACGAUAAUCGCGACAUCGCCUCGCAACUGUUCAGCCCCACGGUAUACCCCCUGCAACAGUUUUUGAGUACUGAGAUGGCCGAAACGCCCAAGGCCCGUAAUCGUCAACUGAUGGCGGCCACUCCGAAGGCGAUGCUGCUGCUGACGACUACUGUGGAGCCCGCUAAGCCUCGUCCCCAGUCGAUGUCGGCAGUUCUGUCGCUGCUGGCGCUGAUGGGCAGCAAGCGGCGCCUGUUCAUCGGCCUGCUCUUCCUGCUGAUGCUGAUCAAGCGUAAGCUGGUUCCCGACCAACUUGCCGAGGGUUUCACUCGUCUGGAACUGGCGCAAAAGAACUUGGACUCAACGUUUAUCCCUCGCGGCCAACGCCAUGAAUACAAGCACUUGUACCUGGCUCAGCCCGACCUUGUUACCAGCAAGCCGACGACACCGUUGGUGGCGAGGUUGCCGUCGCGCAGUCGUACCACUCGGGUGAGAAAUGUCACUGCCGCUGUUCCCAUCGCUGCAACCACCACCGUUCACGCCAGCGCCGAACCCAUGGCCUCGGCUGAGACUCGUCGCCCCCGCCUUGAAGACGACGAGUUCACCGACGCUCUGCUGGGGCUGAUGCUCUCGGCAACGCCACUGGCAAGACGACUGACGGCACCGACGCUGAGACAACUGAGUACUAAGGACUCCACUCGAGAACCGAAUGUGGUUCGUAUGGGCCUGGUGCUUACUAAGGCUGAUACUUCGGGUGAUGCGAAUAUAAUUGCUACCUCGACGCCUGGGCCUUCCUUCAUGGCUCUUGCCCCUAAUGAUGCUUCGACUCCGGCUAUGGCUUCGGCUCCGGUAUCGGCAACAGGUGCGGUGAUUCCCAUCAUUGGCACCCCCAUGGGGCUUUCGAAACCGCCACAGCCACAAUUAUCUGCAGCCACUGCUCCGGCAAGCCUUGCGCCCCCGCCUGUUCCUGUGUCCAUGAUUCCGUCGCUGACGCUGAUGGGUUCAGUUGAGCCUACUCUUCAGCGGAAGCUGAUCUUCAAAGUGGACUUACCGUGGCAUAAUAGCGACGGGCUGGCAAUUUCGGAAAUCAUGCCGGAAUCUACCCUCCCGACAUCGGACCUGUUUAAUGCCAACAUGUAUAGUGAUGGUGGGCUGAACUGGAUCCUGAUCACACGCGACAAUCUGCUGUUGUUCGUGGCCAAUGCUGACUUGACAGAAGCUCUGAUUGAAGAGAACACACGUGCCACCUUCGAAGAUCACAACGACGAUGAAAAUGAAGGUGAUGAUGAUACCACCGCUCAAGAAGAAGAAGAUAACGACAGCGAUGACGAUACGCCUCACUACGAGCCUGGCACAGAACCGUCGAAAACCAUCAACGACACCUCGUUGGAGCUCUCUGACCACCAAGCUGAACAUCUCGUUGAAGAUUUUGUCACCCGUUUCGAUCGUGACGUCUCCGAGAUGUUCACCCCCGAAGAACUUCGCUCCAUUCGUAUGCUGCUGGCGACUAAGGCUGCGAUCCCACGCAGCGAUUCCGUCCAGCUGGUAACGCCGCUGAUGUACGCUCGUGAGCUCGGCGCUCAGCUCGACCGGCUGUUCAGCUCGCGCCACUUGCUUCUGAUCACGCAACUUGAGUACGAAACCAAGAUGUCCCGGGCUCGUGCGUCCCGUCGUCUUGUGUCAGUGGAAGAGGAGGAGGAGCUUGGCGAGACUCCCGUGCGCUACCAGAGCUACUCUUCCGCUCACCAAUCACCGGAGGAGCUGAAGCGGUUCAGUGCCUAUGUGGUACGGCGCCAGGAAGCCCGCUAUCUGAAGUACGUCGCUGGGUAUGACUCCGACGUCAAGUACGCCGUCGACCGGCUGCUGAGCGGGCUGAGCGAUGCCACCAUUUACGAUGAGAGCGAUAACGUGUUGGACAACCUUGACUACCGUGGCAUCACCCUCGCUUAA